AUGUGCUUGGUAACUGCGCAGACGGUGUGCUCGGUAGCCGCACAGACUAUGUGCUCGAAGGAGGGGGAGCUGCCGGUUAUAUCCCGGGAGGAGGGGGAACUGCCGGUUUUAUCAUGGGAGGAGGGAGCUGCCGGUUAUAUCGCGGGAGAAGGGGGAGCUGGCGGUUAUAUCGUGGGAGAAGGGGGAGCUGGCGGUUAUUUCGUGGGAGGAGGGGUCGCUGCGGUUAUAUCGCAGAAGGAGGGGAACUGCCGGUUUUUUCGCAGGAGGGGGGAGCUGGCGAUUAUAUUGCGGGAGGAGGGGGAACUGCCGGUUUUAUCGCGGGAGGGGGGAGCUGCCGGUUAUAUUGCGGGAGGAGGGGGAGCUGGCGGUUAUAUCGCAGAAGGGGGGGGCUGCCGGUUUUACUGCGGGAGGGGGGAGCUGGCGGUUAUAUCGCAGGUGCAGGGGGAGCUGCCGGUUUUAUCGCGGGAGGAGGGGAAACUGCCGGUUAUAUCGCGGGAGGGGGAGCUGGCGGUUAUAUCGCAGAAGGAGGGGGAACUGCCGGUUUUACCGUGGGAGGGGGGAGCUGGCAGUUAUAUCGCGGGAGGAGGGGGAGCUGCCGGUUUUAUUGCGGGAGGAGGGGAAACUGCCGGUUAUAUCGCAGAAGGAGGGGGAGCUGGCGGUUACCUCGCAGAAGGAGGAGCUGCCGGUUAUAUCGUGGGAGGAGUGGGAACUGCCGGUUUUAUCGCAGGAGGAGCUGCCGAUUUUAUCGCGGGAAGAGGGAGAGCUGCCGGUUAUAUCGCGGGAGAUGGGGGAGCUGCUGGUUUUAUCGGGGGAGGAGGGGGAGCUGCUGGUUUUAUCGGGGGAGGAGGGGGAACUGACAGUUUUAUUGAGGGAGGAGGGGGAGCUGCCGGUUAUUGA